AUGCUUCCUCGGGGAAAUCCACUACGCUUGCGGUCCAUUGCUCUAUUCAAGGAACUUCAUCGUCUUGGACGCGAUUAUCCCGAUCCCAACUACCAUUUCAUCCCAAAGUUGCGCUCCGCUUUCCGGAAGAAUGCGAACCUCACUGACCCGGAACAGAUCCAAAAGCUCCAUGGACUGGCUGAAUUUGUAAAGAAAGCCUUGUACAUGCUGAAGAAAUACCGCGCACUACGCCGUCGCUACGUGCAAGACUAG